GAGGCAACGCGCAAUUUUUAAAUGUUAGCUGGCCUGACUGGACAGUUACUGGGUCGCUCUACCACCGAGGUUCUCCAGGCUUGUCCUGCAUACUUUCUUUUUAUUUUUUAAUUGCACCCUUGCCAUCAUCUUUUCCCUGCGGUUUUUUAGUUGUUUUUAAUUCACACCACGGUGUUUCAUGAACGAUGGCAGACUGGAAGUCCCAGAUAACUUACAACUAUAACCCUUCAUACCAUGCCUAUGCCUACGGCCUCAUGUACCAACCCGGGUCUGAGCAGAAUCAGGGGAACCUUGGCACCUGGGGAGAACCUGGAGAUGUGGGCAAUUACAAUCCUGGGGUAACACAGGCCUAUUACUCCACCAGGACCCGGGAAGAGUCUCCGCCUCGCAGUCCAGAGGACCAGGUCGUGAACGGCCAUUGUCACUACCAGGGUUCAGGGGUCGUGUACCUUGGAGACUCACAGACGAGCCGGCUAAUCUUGGCCGGGCAACACCGGGCUGCCUACGAUGUACGGGAACACGAAGCAAGGCGUGCCGGCUGCGAUUCAACCAGUGACUCCGAAGCGCACACCUCACCAGAUUCAUGGAGUUCUAGCAGCAGAGAAGGAAGUCUUCCCCAGUCAGACCGGUCAGACCCCGUGGCUUGGGCAAAGAAAGAAGUUGAUGAUGAGACUAGCAGCAGAAGCCCUGAUGCAAGUGAGGAUAUUUCCAGCUCUCUCAUGGAGGAGUCAAGGACCUUUGUCAUUAAAGAAAACCACAGCACCAACAACACUGCCUCUUUACAUGCACCGAUAGUCGCCGCCCCAAAGUGUCCAAGCACUAGUGCUACAAAUACCCCUAAAGGAAAAGUCCGGGCAGCCUUCUCAGAGAGCCAGAUGAAUACUCUUGUUCAGCGCUUCAGUUUGCAGAGGUACCUUACCCCAGCUGAGAUGAAGAACCUAGCAGAAAUGACAGGUCUGACAUACAAACAGGUUAAGACAUGGUUUCAGAAUCGAAGAAUGAAGUUAAGGAGGCACCAGAAGGACAACGGCUGGGCUUCAGAGCGCUACACCGCCAACAAGGAAAGCCCAGUACAUGCACCCAUCUUCCACAACAUGCCUCCACAUCUCCCACCUUAUCAAGGAGAAGGCCGACCCCAGCUCAAGGAACAUUACAAUCAGCACAUUAUGGAAGCAGCAUUCAAGAAGACUGCUCCCCAGAACCUGGCCUUCUAUUUGGCUGCUAUGAGCUCUACAGCUGGGUCUGCUGGCUACCCCUCCUGGUCCUCUGGCUCAUCCCAGGCUGGAAUGCCUACCAAGCCCCAGGGGACUGGCUGGUCCAUGCCGCCGGGUGUUGGUCAUUAUGAAUUCAACCACAGUGCAUUCAACUCAGCCUCUGCAAAUAACGCUGGACACGACACCAGCUUUGAAGGAAAAGAUGGGGAGCCUGUCAAUGUCCGCAGCUGCAUCACAUCAGCCAUAGUGAAGAAUGUCAGCCAGUAGUAUAAGCUGAUUGUGUGCAUUUCUGUAUAUGUUACCCAACAGUCAUGUUUAUAUUUUUCUAUUCAAGUUUCCUGACUGCAGUUUGUAAUUAGCUGAGGUGCCUUUUGUCAGGUUGGUUGUACAUAGGCCUUGUUCAUACUUCCUGUUUGACUUUUUAUCUGAAGUUCUAUUUUUAUAUUCAACUAUUUAAUGUAUGUCAGUGUGCUCUUUGCGCUUGGUGAUGCAAGAUGUGUCCAAGUUACACGCAUUCUUGUGUUGCGUUAUUUUUUUAAAACUGUUUUAAGCCAGAGUACUGAUACACAUCUUAUGUGCACACUGUUCCAUGAAUUUUUUUUGUAUAAUUACAGGUUCACUUCAACAACUGGAGUUUUUGCAAGUUUCUGGGUUUUACAGAAGGCAUGAUACUGUGGUAAUAUUCAUUUAUGCAUCAACUUCAUCCCAAUUGUUCGAGGGAUAAAUUGUGUGACAAUACAUGGAAAUCACUGAUAAGGUUGUGGCAAAGUGAGAAACAUUUUGCAAUCAAGCAGUUAAGAGUAUUGGUGCAGUUUGUCAAAUUUGCAAUAAACAUAGCCAAAGGUUCUACUCAGA